GUGGUGACGGGGUCAGGCGUAGGGCAAGGGGCAAAGGGCAACGUCCAGGUUGGCGGGUAUCACCGGUUCGCAAUGGCGGCGUCCGGGGACCCCACCAGACCGUGGCCGGAGGAGGUGGCGGUGGUGGUGGUGGGCUCGUGCAUGACGGACCUGGUCAGUCUAACUUCUCGUUUGCCAAAAACUGGAGAAACCAUCCACGGACGUAAGUUUUUUAUUGGCUUUGGAGGGAAAGGUGCCAACCAGUGUGUCCAAGCUGCUAGGCUUGGAGCAAAGACAUCCCUGGUGUGCAAGGUUGGCAAAGAUUCUUUUGGCAAUGAUUAUAUAGAAAACUUAAAACAGAAUGGUAUUUCUACAGAAUUUACAUAUCAGACUAACGAUGCUGCUACAGGAGCUGCUUCUAUAAUUGUCAAUAAUGAAGGCCAGAAUAUCAUCGUCAUAGUGGCUGGAGCAAAUUUACUUUUGAAUACUGACGAUCUGAAGGAGGCAGCCAAUGUCAUUAGCAGAGCCAAAGUAAUGAUCUGCCAACUAGAAAUAACUCCAGCAACUUCUUUGGAAGCCCUGACAAUGGCCCACAGCAAUGGAGUGAAAACAUUGUUCAAUCCAGCUCCUGCCAUCGCUGACCUGGAUCCCCAGUUCUAUAGCCUCUCAGAUGUGUUCUGCUGCAAUGAAAGUGAGGCUGAGAUUUUAACUGGCCUCAUGGUGGGCAGCCCUGAAGAUGCUGGGAAGGCAGCCUUAAUCCUUCUGCAACGGGGGUGCCAUGUCGUAGUCAUCACCUUAGGAGCUGCAGGAUGCGUGACACUAUCACAAAAGGAGCCUGUCCCAAAGCACAUCCCCACAGAGACAGUCAAGGCUGUGGAUACCACGCAUAUACCUGGCUCAAGACCCAAAGUGAAGCAGAAAAUGUAAGUAGAAACAUUAUAAAUAACCCAGAGAGCCCUUUUAUAACAGCAACUGCCUGCUGAGCCUGUGGCCUAACAGCUCAAGCAAAAGAAAGGCUAUAAAUACAAUAUUGUGCAAUGACUAAGUACUCAGAAUUUGGUACAUCAGCAGAAGUGGAACCUGUGGUUGGUUCUGUUAUCAAAUGCUUUUGCUGUUUAAUAAUCUGGGAGGUCUAUAUUAGUUAGCAUGCAAUCUUCACAGAGAACAAUGAUUUUAUUUCAAGUAUCUCUCACUGAAAUAAAAAAGCAGCUGUUAGGAGAUGAGCAUUUGGCAGAAAAUGUUUUAGCAAAACUUUUGUAAGAUACUAAAUCAUACUGGAUUAACUUUUCUGUCAAGAAUAGUGGAGUCACAGAUAAAAAUGACUGCUGACCACACAAGGCAAAGCCAGGCUUUAGAACCCAGUGAAUCACUAAAGGACAUUUUAAAUUUAAGUGCCAUUUAUUCACUGAUAUGUAAGGUUAUUUAUAUACAAAGACUUCAUUAAUGUUGCCUUAAGAAUGGGCCCUUUUUAUUCCAUUUUUAGCCUGAAGAUUCCAAUCUCUUCCAUUAAUUAUAGAAUAAAUGAAUCUAUCAGAGACAUUUUAGGCAGAAUGAGGAUUUGGGGGAAAUUCUCAGUCUCCAUAGGACAUGCUUCUAUGUGGCUAGCCAGACA